CUGCAUUAAAAAGUGUAUACAUAGAGAUAUUGUGUAUAGUCUUUGCUUGAUUCUCAAAAAUCUCAAAUCAAUAAAAAAGGAGAGUUCCCAUUUUCUCUUCCAUCCCUUCCUCCACAUCGCCUGCAAUCCAACAUGGCAUGUGCCAUGUGGUUUCUAGCAUGCACUUUCGUUGUGCUUGCCUCUGCAGCUUCUGCCAAUGUUGUCGAGCACACAUUUCGGGUGGGCAAUCUAACGGUGAAACCACUAUGUGAAGAGUGGACCGUCGUUGCUGUGAAUGGGCAAUUACCUGGGCCGACGAUCCGUGUUCAUGAGGGCGACACACUUGUGGUCCACGUUAUCAAUGAGUCACCCUACAACCUCACCAUACAUUGGCAUGGGAUAUUUCAAAAGCUAAGUGCUUGGGCUGAUGGGCCAGCCUACGUGACGCAGUGUCCAAUCCUUCCUGGGGACAGUUACACUUACCGAUUCAACAUCACUGAGCAGGAAGGGACCCUCUGGUGGCACGCCCACGUAUCAUGGCUCCGUGCAACCGUCUAUGGCCCCCUGAUCAUUCAUCCAAGGGCCGGUCGAUCCUAUCCCUUCAUCAAACCCCAUAAGGAAUUCCCCAUUAUCUUAGGUGAGUGGUGGAAUGCGAACGUGGUGGAUGUAGAAGACGAGGCUACUCUCACUGGAGGUGCACCCAAUAUCUCUGACGCCUAAACAAUCAACGGAAGACCCGGCGAUCUCUACCCAUGCACCAACAACAAUACGUACAAGAUCAAGGUGGCCCAAGGUAAGACCUAUAUGCUACGAAUCAUCAACGCUGCACUCAAUAACCAGCUCUUCUUCAAGAUCGCUGGCCACAAUCUGACGGUCGUUGGAAUCGACGCCACCUACACCGAGCCAUACAUCACCGACGUUGUUGUCGUGGCCCCUGGCCAGACCACCGAUGUCCUGCUCGUUGCAAAUGGCCCACCUCGGUCCUACUACAUAGCGGCCAGCCCUUACGCCAGCGCCGAGGGCGUACCGUUCGAUAACACGACCACCACUGCCAUCCUCCAGUACAAGGGCGCCACGUCAGCAGCAUCGCCCCUGAUGCCUGUCCUACCGGCAUUCAACGACACCCCAACGGCCCACCGUUUCUACAGCAACCUCACCGCCCUCUGCGGUUGGGGCCCCAAGGUGCCUCCCAACGUGGAUGUGAACAUGUUUAUAACCGUUGGAUUAGGGCUCGAGCCUUGCGGGGAGAAUGCCACGUGUGCAGGUCCAUCAGGGAUGCGGCUCGCAGCGAGCAUGAACAACGCGUCGUUCCGGCUGCCCAUUGCGCUAUCCAUGCUGCAGGCGCACUUUAGCGGCGUACGGGGAAUAUACACGGACGACUUUCCAGACACGCCCCCGCUCGUGUUCGACUACACGAACUCUAACGUGAGCCAGUCGCUAUGGACGACCCUUGAGUCGACACGUGUCAAGAGGCUGGCGUACAAUUCGACGGUGGAGAUGGUGUUUCAGAACACAGCGAUACUCGGGGUGGAGAGCCACCCGAUCCAUCUGCAUGGAUACGAUUUCUUCGUGCUCGCGCAGGGGUUUGGAAAUUACGAUAAUGCCACGCACAGGAGCAUGUUCAAUUUGGUAAACCCGCAGCUGCGGAACACCAUAGCGGUUCCCGUCGGGGGAUGGGCUGUCGUCAGAUUCAUUGCUAACAAUCCCGGUGUAUGGCUGAUGCAUUGCCACCUGGAUGUCCACCUGCUAUGGGGCUUAGCGACGGCUUUUGUGGUAGAUAAUGGGCCCACUUCUUCAUCGACGCUACCUCCACCACCGCUCGAUCUCCCUCGUUGCUGGAGCAGAACCAUUCAUUCACUACACGCAGGCAUGGAUCCACGUGUGUACGACACCCGCCUGGCGUAUCAGGUGGGGCCCACCGUGUAGAUGCUUUAAACAUAAAUGCUGGCCGGUCUACUUUCGGGCAGGCAGCACGUAUCAGAAAUCAACGGGCAGCGUGAAAAUCAACUGCCAGGAUUAUAUAACGCGUCCAUUCUUGUCUCGCAAGAUCUACACUAGGGGUUUUA